UGAGUCAAAGUCUUUUCACAAACACACACACAACAAAGACUCACACUUCCAUUUUUCUUUGAAGUCCAACUAUGUCUACACCAAUCUCCAACAAAUGCAUUCUUUAACUUCAAUUCAACCAAAUUAGCUUCUGGACUUUUCACUCUCUUUAACCAGGAACCAUGAAUCAUUUUGAUAAAGAUGAAGUGCCAAUGCUAUCAGAAAUGCGUGCACAACCAUCCGAUGAACCUGCGAAUUCUAACUUUCGAAGGAUAUCGAGGACACAAAGUGCUUCGAUUUCUAUUCCUAUGGCUUCCUUGGAUCCAAAUGACAGACAACCUAAUCUUGUCGGACAUACCGGUCCGCUUCGUACCGCGAGGAAAACACCGUUUGCGCAGAUGAGUGGUCCAUUAAACGCCACUCCGGGAAUGGGAAAUCCUUUUCAGAAUGGUAUUGUAGUGGCAGGAAACAAAGUAGGGGAGAACAAGACAGAGAAGUUUAGUACAUUUGAUGACACAAAUGAACAUCAUUGGAAUAUUGACAAUGACAGAAAAAAUGAACACUUAUUGAGGUCUGGACAACUUGGAAUGUGUAAUGAUCCUUAUUGCACAACUUGUCCUACUUACUUCAAAGUUUCUCAGCAAAUAAAACCAAGAGCUUCCACUAUAUUUGAUCAUAAGUUCCACAAUUCUCUUUAUGGAGAUGCCAAAGGUUUUGGAAAAAAAAUUUAUUCUUUAUGCUCUUCAUGUAUUCCUGGAGUGAUGAACCCUCACACUAAAGUUGUACAACAAUGGAACAAGUUUUUGGCUAUAUUUUGCUUGGUUGCAAUUUUUGUUGAUCCGUUAUUUUUCUUCUUAAUUUAUGUGAGGGAGCGUGAUAAAUGCAUUGUUAUGAACUGGACAAUGGCAACAACACUUGUUUUAUUUAGAAGCAUAACUGAUUUUGUGUAUUUCUUGAACAUUCUUCUCCAGUUUAGGUUGGCUUAUAUUUCUCCUGAAUCAAUGGUUGUUGGUGCCGGAGAUUUAGUUGACAGUCCCAAGAAAAUUGCUCUUAAUUACUUUAAGAGUUAUUUUUUCUUCGACUUGUUUGUUGUAUCGCCUCUUCCUCAGAUAAUGAUAUUGUUUAUCCUACCAAAUUCGUUGGGGUCAUCAGGAGCAAAUUAUGCAAAGAAUCUUCUACGUCUAGCGAUCCUUGUACAGUAUAUUCCAAGAUUAUUCAGAUUUUUGCCUCUGCUAAUUGGCCAGUCUCCCACCGGAUUCAUAUUCGAGUCAGCAUGGGCAAAUUUCAUUAUAAAUCUUCUCAUUUUUAUGCUAUCUGGCCAUGUUGUUGGUUCAUGCUGGUACCUCUUUGGUCUACAGAGGGUUAACCAAUGUUUGCGAGAUGCUUGCCAUAAUGCUAAACUACAUAGAUGCAUGGAAUUGAUUGAUUGUAAACUUAACGGGGAUAUUAUAUCUAAUCUUUGGAGCGAAGAUCUAGGCGCCAAGGCUUGUUUGAAUACCUCAAGUAAUGCUUUUUCUUAUGGGAUCUAUGAAGGUGCUGUACCACUUACCAUAGAAACUAAGGUUAUCAACAAAUAUGUGUAUGCAUUGUUUUGGGGAUUCCAGCAAAUCAGUACUCUGGCUGGUAAUCAAACACCAAGUUAUUUUGUGUGGGAAGUUCUCUUUACAAUGUCCAUCAUAGGAUUGGGACUCUUGCUUUUUGCGCUUCUCAUCGGAAACAUACAGAACUUUCUUCAAGCUCUUGGACGGAGGAGACUAGAAAUGCAACUUAGAGGCCGUGAUGUCGAGCAAUGGAUGAGCCAUCGUCGUUUACCAGAAGCUCUCAAAAGGAGAGUACGGCAGGCUGAACGGUAUAAUUGGGCUGCAACAAGAGGAGUUCCGGAAAUAAUGGUUCUGGAGAAUUUGCCGGAAGAUCUUCAGACGGACAUUAGACGCCAUCUCUUCAAAUUUGUUGAAAAUGUUCGAAUUUUUUCCUUGAUGGCCGAGGACGAGCCUAUCUUAGAUGCUAUUCGUGAGCGACUAAUACAAACGACAUACAUCAAAGGAAGUAAAAUUUUGAGUCAGGGUGGUCUUGUACAGAAGAUGGUGUUUGUUGUGCGUGGAAAAUUGGAGAGCAUCGGAGAAGAUGGAAUUCCGGUUCCCUUAUCUGAAGGAGAUGCUUGCGGCGAAGAACUUCUAAGAUGGUAUCUUGAACAAUCUUCACAAAGCAAAGAAGGUAAGAAAGUAAAGCUUCAUGGACAAGGGUUGACCAGUGAUAGAACAGUAAAAUGCUUAACAAAUGUGGAAGCAUUUUCACUCCGCGCUAAAGACAUUGAAGAAGUCACAACUCUUUUCGCAAGAUUCUUGCGGAGCCCUCGUGUUCAAGGAGUCAUAAGGUAUGAAUCACCUUAUUGGAAAUCACUUGCAGCAAACAGAAUUCAAGUUGCAUGGAGAUACAGGCAAAAGCGUCUAAAUCGAGCUAAUACAACACAAAAUGAUCAAAGAUUGAAUCAAUAGGCUGUAUAAUCUAAUGUUUGAUUCACUACACUUUGUCAUAGAUUGUAGUUUAUGUAAUCUCUAGUCCUUGGAAUAGAAUAGUGGUAUGCUUAUACCUUCGAAGUUUGGUGUAAUUGCUAUGAAGUUAUGAAAUAGGUGUCAUAUAAUGAAUUUAUGUAUAUGCAAUUAAACUUUAAAUUCAUCAUGAUGAAUUUAGCCAUGGAUAUCUUAAUUUAUGGAAAAUGAAAAAGAAUCUAAAUUUUAAGAAUUA